AUGGAGUCUCUCUCCCUCAGUGACGACUUGUUGAACAUCUUGUCCUUCUACAACUACACCUAUGACUACAGCACGUCCUUGCCCGACACUGCUAUCUCUGCCACCCCAUGCUGGCCUGAUGGCUCUGUCCUCAACAAGUACCUAGUGGUGGUGAUCUACUGCUUUGUCUUCAUCCUCAGUGUGGUGGGGAAUGGGCUGGUUGUGCUGGUGGUGACCUCCAGCCACACCAGCCGCUCCGUAAACGAUGUCUAUCUGCUCAACCUGGCUGUGGCAGACCUGCUCUUUGCCUUCAGCCUGCCUCUCUGGGCUGCCUACCAAGCCCAUGAGUGGGUCUUUGGCACUGUGAUGUGCAAAGCUAUCUCCGUGCUGCAGGAGGCCAACUUCUACAGUGGCAUCCUGCUGCUGGCCUGCAUCAGUGUUGACCGCUACUUGGCCAUCGUCUAUGCCACUCGGGCUGCCACCGAGAAGAGGCACUGGGUGAAGUUUGUCUGCUUGGGCAUCUGGGUCUUCUCUGUGUUGCUGUCACUGCCUAUGCUGCUCUUCCGCGAGGUUUUCAUCUCUCCCCACAAUGGCACCGUGUGCUAUGAGUACAUUGGGAACGAGGACACGAACAAGUGGCGGGUGGUGCUGCGGCCCCUGCCACAGACCUUUGGCUUUGCCCUGCCUCUCCUGGUGAUGCUCUUCUGCUAUGGCGUCACCAUCCACACCCUCCUGCAGACCAAGAAUUCCCAGAAGCAGCGGGCCAUGAAGGUCAUCUUUGCUGUGGUGCUGGUCUUCCUCAUCUGCUGGCUGCCCUACAACAUCACGUUGGUGAGCGACACCCUCAUGAGGACACGGGCCAUCACUGAGACCUGUGAGAGGAGGAACCGCAUCGAUGCAGCCCUCUCCAUCACACAGGUCCUGGGUUUCGCCCACAGCUGCAUCAACCCCAUCAUCUACGCCUUCAUCGGGCAGAAGUUUCGCAACAGCUUCCUCAAGAUCCUGGCCCAGCGUGGGCUCAUCAGCAAGGAUGCUGUGGCCCGCUAUGGCCGUGCCUCCUAUGCUUCCACCUCUGGCAACACCUCCACCACCCUCUGA